GAAGAUGGCCAUCUGCAAACCAGGAAGCAGGCCAUCAUGAGACACCAGAUCUAACAGCACCUUGAUCUUGGACUUCUCAGCCUCCAAAACUAUAGCCACAAUGGCUGAAAAUGGUGAUAAUGAAAAGAUGGCUGCCCUGGAGGCCAAAAUCUGUCAUCAAAUUGAGGUCAUUAUUUGUUAUUUGUACAUUACUUCCCACUCUUCACAGAAAGGCUUCCCAACUGAUGCAACUCUUGAUGACAUAAAAGAAUGGUUAGAAGAUAAAGGUCAAGUACUAAAUAUUCAGAUGAGAAGAACAUUGCAUAAAGCAUUUAAGGGAUCAAUUUUUGUUGUGUUUGAUAGCAUUGAAUCUGCUAAGAAGUUUGUAGAGACCCCUGACCAGAAGUACAAAGAAACAGAUUUGCUAAUACUUUUCAAGGAUGAUUACUUUGCCAAAAAAAAUGAAGAAAGAAAACAAAACAAAGUGGAAGCUAAAUUAAGAGCUAAACAAGAGCAAGAAGCAAAACAAAAGUUAGAAGAAGAUGCCGAAAUGAAAUCUCUAGAAGAAAAGAUUGGAUGCUUGCUGAAAUUUUCAGGUGAUUUAGAUGAUCAGACCUGUAGAGAAGAUUUACACAUACUUUUCUCAAAUCAUGGUGAAAUAAAAUGGAUAGACUUCGUCAGAGGAGCAAAAGAGGGGAUAAUUCUAUUUAAAGAAAAAGCCAAGGAAGCUUUGGGUAAAGCCAAAGAUGCAAAUAAUGGUAACCUACAAUUAAGGAACAAAGAAGUGACUUGGGAAGUACUAGAAGGAGAGGUGGAAAAAGAAGCACUGAAAAAAAUAAUAGAAGACCAACAAGAAUCCCUAAACAAAUGGAAGUCAAAAGGUCGUAGAUUUAAAGGAAAAGGAAAGGGUAAUAAAGCUGCCCAGCCUGGGUCUGGUAAAGGAAAAGUACAGUUUCAGGGCAAGAAAACGAAAUUUGCUAGUGAUGAUGAACAUGAUGAAAAUGGUGCAACUGGACCUGUGAAAAGAGCAAGAGAAGAAACAGACAAAGAAGAACCUGCAUCCAAACAACAGAAAACAGAAAAUGGUGCUGGAGACCAGUAGUUUAGUAAACCAAUUUUUUAUUCAUUUUAAAUAGGUUUUAAACUACUUUUGUUUGCGGGGGCUUUUAAAAGGAAAACCGAAUUAGGUCCACUUCAAUGUCCACCUGUGAGAAAGGAAAAAUUUUUUGUUGUUGUUUAACUUGUCUUUUUGUUAUGCAAAUGAGAUUUCUUUGAAUGUAUAGUUCUGUUUGUGUUAUUUCAGAUGAUUCAAAUAUCAAAAGGAAGAUUCUUCCAUUAAAUUGCCUUUGUAAUAUGAGAAUGUAUUAGUACAAACUAAUAAAAUAUAUGCUAUAUGAAAAGAGCAAAAA